CCCAGUCUCGAUUUCGCAGCAGAAGCCCCAGUUAGCGCUGUACUGUCUGAUCGGAGGAGCGUCUUCUUCGCCGCCGGAAUUGUAAUUGACAGUGUUCCCGUCAUCAGAACCCAUAGCCGAAGAUGCUUGCAAGGGUGAAAUCUCGAAUCCCUUCUGUGACUGUGAGAGCCCUCAGAUGCGGAUUCAGUGCCAGCUAUUCUGUCGCAACCAAGAAAGCCUCGACUUCCUCGGACGAUCAGCUGUACACGGACCUGCCGAGGCCGCCGAGGACCAAGUCGGAGAGGAAGCCGCAUCCCACUCCCAUGAAGGUGCUGAUUCGGAGGGCGAAGGAGGAGAGAGAAGCUAGAAAGCUACAGCCUUGCCGGAUGCUCGAAAACCCCCCUGACAAUGGGCUCCUCGUCCCCGAGCUCAUCCCGGUCGCACACCAUAUCUAUCGAGCUCGGGAGUCCCUCCUCAAGGGCUUAUCCGAGCUCGUCCGGUCCAUUCCCGUACAACGAUGCUGCUUCUGUUCUGAAGUUCAUGUCGGUCACACUGGUCACGAGAUCCGGACCUGCACCGGUCCAAAGAGUGGUCUCCGAAGCGCUACCCAUGUAUGGAGAAAGGGAGGAGUACACGAUGUCGUCUCCUUCCCUAAAUGCUUCCAUCUCUACGAUCGUGUCGGGAAACCGAGGGUCGGGCACGAUGAGAGGCGCAGCAUCCCCCGGAUUCCUGCCGUUCUGGAGCUCUGUGUACAGGCGGGAGUGGACCUGCACAAGUACCCUUGUAAGAGAAGAACAAAGCCUGUGUAUUGUAUUGAAGGCAGGAUUGUUGAUUUUGAGACGGUAGCGCAAGCAGAUGAAAUACAGGAUGAAGCACACUUUCCGGAUCCUGUCCCUGGGUAUGACAUUCGAACGAGUGUUGAUGCUGAACAACUGGAGAACGAUUCAACCGAUGAAGUGAAGAGCUUGAAGGAGUUGAGCGGCGAGACACUGGAGUUGUGGUUUGAGAUGGUCAGAGGAGCGAAACAGAUCAUGGAAAGUUACACGGUGUGGACAUGCGGAUACUGUCCCGAGGUGCAAGUAGGCCCGAAGGGCCACAAGGUGAGGAUGUGCAAGGCGUCGAGGCACCAAUCACGUAACGGUCUCCACGCCUGGCAGGAAGCAACGAUAUAUGACGUGAUUGGUCACAACUAUGUGUGGCACGUAAGGGAUUUAAACGGGUCUGCCCUUGAUAACAACCUGAAGAGGUUCUACGGUAAGGCUCCAGCUAUUGUGGAGCUCUGCGUGCACGGUGGCGCAUCCAUCCCUGAUGAGUUCAGGAGUAUGAUGAGAGUGGAUGUGGUCCCACCGGAUCGAGAUGAAGUCGAUCUUGUCGCCUGAGUUAUGAACCGCAAAGAUCGAGCAAGAAGACUGUCAAACUCAAGCUCUUAUCCGGGUUCCUUUUGAGAAAAAAGGUACAAGCAUGCCUCGGCUCACAUUCAUCCAGUCCUGCCAACAAGACCGCGGUGACUCGAAGAAAGCCGACGGCCAUUUUGUAGCAAUUUCAUACUUCUAUGUAUAGUCUGUGUAACGCCAUUUCUAUAAAUACUAGCAGAUGGAUUCCCCGUAAACUACUGCAUUAGCCUGCUAUGAGUAAUAAAUAAUUCGAGAGUGUAUCCGCCAUGUAGUAGGUGUCGAAAAUUUGUAUAUAUAUCUACCCAAGAAUAGUUGGCUUGGCCCAACAAUAAUUAUAUUCAAACGUCUUAUGAAGUUUUGUGGCAAAUAA